ACGCCAUUUCAAAUCUCGAGUUGCUCGGUGAUGUCUCGUUGUCCCGAUAUCGCGCACAGUUUGGGGUCUCCUCGUCACCACAUCUUAUAGGAUCCUGGUGGCAGACAAUGACAUAUAAUACGGCCGUCGAGUCGCAGAUUUAUGCUACCUGUCCGCAUUCGGAUGGAAAGAGCGCACCAAUAUGCUGGGAUUGUAGUGAGGAAAGCUGGAGGAGCCCGCCACAGUUUGAGGACUUCGGAGGGGUUAAGAAGCUCAGAAUCCUGAGCGGGAAGAACCAAACUUUCGCACCAGAAGUACAUCCACCCGCCGAGGGGAUAGAAGUCGGCACCCCUAAUUCCCGUUCCAGCCAGCCAGGCCUAGAGGUCUUCACCGGACCACAGAUCGUGAUUCCCACAGAUAAACCCCGGAAUAUCGGACUGGAUGAGAAGAUCGUCAUUACCUCAGACUCACCAUCGCCAACCAUAUUGGGACUUCGAAGGAGGAUAUUCUGGCUUGUCCUAAUAUGCGUAGUAUUGGCGUUGCUUGUGGGAGUGGCCGUUGGUACUGCAGUUGGAAUAACACAGAAGAAUAAUUCUACCAAAGCACUAUCGACAUCGUCUUCGUCCACGGGGAUUGGUGACCAAAUGAGCAGCACUUUCUCAUCACCGCCCGAAGUUAUGACCGAAAUCGUGUCGGUCAUUACAGCAAGCCCCUCGAUGACUGCAACGAGCGGUCCCACGAUUUUAAGUGUAUCUUCAUCCACAAAACUUGACACUUCAACAACCACCGAAAAGAAAUCUUCUUCUUCUGCAUCCCCCACGUCGAGUUCCCCCGCAGGCGAAACUUCCAAAUCCGUGGAGAAAGUGACAGUGAUUUCUGUUCAAACAGCGUCGGUACCCACUACUAGCCCGGUUCAGUCCACGCCAACUCCGACAACUAUAACAGUUACUCCUACCUCGAAGACGAGCUCAGAGACCACGGCAAGUCCAGCAACGACUAGUUCGGAUGGCGACUGUCUAGGAGCUGACGGAAGCACGUACACGGAUCCGGGGACGGGCUCGCAAUUUAGGAUCGAAUGUGACAUCGCUCAUCAGGGGAAAGACAUUGAUAAUUACGAGGCCCAAACCAUGCAGGCUUGCGUAUCCAUGUGCGCAGACGACUCAGAAUGUGUGGGUGCCAUCUGGUACAGCGCCGGCCCGCAGGGAACGGAUCUCAACUAUUGCUGGCUGAAGAGCACUUUGGACGAUGAUCUCAAGAGCACGAAGGAUGCACAAUCGGUUGUGCGGUUGUAAAAGAGCGUAGAUCACUCAUCGAAGAUCGAACCACACGUUGGUCUUACUGGGUAAUGCCUAAUAUUCAGUGUAGGGGUGAUGAAAUACUUGCAUUGAGUAU